AUGUGGCCAUUUACUAAAUCAUCAGAUGACUCAAAUGCUAAAGAAGAUAUAACGAAAGAAUUACCAGCAGAUUUGCAAUUAGUUUUCCAAAGAGAAGCUACAUCAUCAUUAGAUGGUUCAAAAUUUAUACCUGAAAGAUAUGCAAAAAUAGUUGAAUCAAAACUUGAAUCAUUACCAGAACAACAAAUUACAUCAGAAGAUAAACUUGAAUUUGAAAAUUAUAAAAUUGAAUAUUCUAUUAAAUCAGUUAAACAAAUAAAUUGUUCAGAAAUUGAAAAUUAUCUAUUAGAAUGUAAUAAACAUCCAUGGUAUAAAUUUUGGGCAAUUCCAAAUUUAAAAGUUUCUAAAGAUUUGAAAAAAUGUGAAAAUUUAACUGUUGAUGGUUUGAAAUUUUUAAAUUAUGAUAAAUGUUAUAAUAUUAAACAUUGUGAUUUUAUAAGAUAUCAUUUAGAUAAAAUUUAUACUAAAAAUUUUGGUGAUUUGGGUGAAAAUGUUAAUGAUGAAACUAGUAAUUUAUAUUAUAAAGAUUUACAUGAAUUAUUCUAUAAAGUAUGGAAAUAA